UGAAACGAAACAUCUCCCAGGUGAAGUGUCUUUGAAACUCUCUGCCCGGGCAGCGAACAAGUAGGUCGGCAUAGUUACAAUUAAAGUGACAUUUUUUAAUGACAGAUAACACAAUGGCGGUGAAUACUGUCAUGUCACGUUAAUGAGACAUUCACUGGACUCGCUGUGUUGUGCCUUAUGAUCGUGACGGCAUGACGCGCCUGAUGCUUUUAGUUGCCGCGGUGUUUCUCAUGUCCGCUCCAGCGAGCGCCUCUCAGGGGGAUAAAGAGCCAGUCUACCGCGACUGCGUCAAACAAUGUGUCCGGACAAAUUGCACAGGGGCCCGACUGCGCGGAUUCCAGUCCGCUCAACCUCCAUACAUGGCUCUCACAGGCUGGACGUGUCGUGAUGACUGCAGGUAUCAGUGCAUGUGGACGACAGUGGGCCUGUACCAAGCAGAGGGCUACAGCGUACCACAGUUUCACGGGAAGUGGCCAUUUGCACGUUUCCUGUGUUUUGAGGAACCUGCGUCUGCUCUGGCAUCUCUGCUUAACGGUCUGGCAUGUCUGUUGAUGCUUCUGAGAUACCGCAGCACCGUCCCUCGCCAGAGCCCAAUGUACCACACCAUCACCGCCUUCUCACUGGUUUCACUGAACGCAUGGUUCUGGUCAACAGUGUUCCACACAAGAGAUACCUAUCUAACAGAGAAGAUGGACUACUUCUGUGCAUCAGCAGUUAUUCUCUACUCUAUCUACUUGUGCUGUGUCAGGACGUUGGGCUUGCGAAGGCCUGUGAUCUCCAGUAUGGUGGGAGUUCUGCUCAUUUUGGCCUUCACGUCUCAUGUCUCCUAUCUGACCUUUGUCAGUUUUGACUAUGGCUACAACAUGACUGCCAAUGCCACCAUAGGUAUGAUAAACCUGUUGUGGUGGCUGUGCUGGUGUUGGCAGAACCGGAGGAUCUUGCCGUACUGGUGGAAGUGUGGUAUGGUGGUGCUCUUGCUUCAUGGUCUUGCUCUACUGGAGCUGAUGGAUUUCCCUCCACUCUUCUGGGUUCUGGACGCUCAUGCGGUCUGGCACCUCAGCACUGUACCCGUCCACUUCCUCUUUUACAGUUUUCUCAUAGACGACAGCCUUCACCUGCUCAAUACAGAGAAGCCUGGAGUGAAACUUGACUAGGAGGAACCAGUCUCAGAACCCCAACCCCUCCUCUGAUAUUCUUCCCUUAUGGGCAUGAGAGAGCUGAACUGAGCCAGAACUCAACCGCAGUGGCUUUCUGCAUGUAUCCUGGGCCUGAAGUUUGCAAUUUUGUUGUGUUUACCUAUUCUUUUUACUUUAUUUUUUAUUGUACACAAAGGGUUGUCAUUUGGUCCAAUUCUAAGGAAAUGCCACCAUACUGUAGUUGAAACUUAAUUGAUGUUUGCAUUCACUGAGCAUUGCCUUCAAUAGAAUCAGUUAAUUAGAAUACAUGAGCCUUUCUUCAGGACUUUAUCAACAUAGUUCUCUCUAAAAUUGGUCCAAUGAAAUGCACCAAUUCCACCAUGUGUGCUGAUUAAAAUCUGCAUAGACGUAAUCAGUAUCUCCAUUCAUAUCCUUCUACAGAAGUGAAGUGAAAGAUUUAAAUGCCCUGAAGUGUUUAUGUAUUUGAAUGAUAGAAGUAGAUUGAGUGUUUCACCAUAAGGGUGCUGAUUCAGUACUCAGGAGGGGUUAAGAGUAAGCUGUCUGCUCCGUUUCUGAGACGUGUGGCAGGUACCUCACUAGGUUGCAAUACCAGCAACUACCAGCAGAGAGCAGUGUUGAUGAUUAUGAGAUUUACCCACUAGCCCUAUGAGAAAUUUGAUGUUUUGUUGUUAUAGCAUAGUGCAUAUCAAGCUGGUCCAUUUUCAUGAGAUGCUUUAAAUUGAAUCAGUUAAUUUCUAUAGUUGAUAUGAAAAUUCUAAUCAUUGUUCAGGCAAACAUGAAAAUUUAUUUAUUCACACUCAUGGUGUUCCAAACCCAUAUGACUUUCUUCUGUGAAACGCAAAAGGUGAAAGUUUACAGAAUUUCUUUGCUAAUCACUGUGGUGGGCGAUACUAUAAGUUCACUUUAGAGCAAGUCGUUGCCCUCUGAAUAUACAAGGCUAGCUUGAUCCUUAUUUAUGACGGGAAGUAAAGAGUGAAAUGAGAAGACAGCAUCAACUUUUCCUUUUGACUGGGAUGAUGUAGCAUAGUUUCUUUUUCUGCUGCUGCUUUAAUUUGCAUGCGUUUCAUUUCCUGAGGCUUAAUACAUAUCUGAUCACUUUGUGCUUUAUUUUCAGCCUGGUCUAGAAUCAUGUAACUACACUUACAUUUUUGCAAAAUAAUUUGUAUGUGCUUCAUUGUUUGUAUCAUGGCAGUUUUCUGGUAAAAUGAACACUAGAGAUGCUACAAUGACUUUUAUUGCCUCACACAAAUCAUGAGUAAAAUGGCAGAUUUUAAGUAAAAAAAAAACAUCUUUGUUUUGCCCUGUUCCUUACACAGUGCUAUCUUAUGACAUCUAAAUAAAUUUUUGCAUUUGCAUUACAUAAACUAUUAUAUUUACAAGCUUGUUUGAGUGCGCUAAAAUUUAAAUUGGGCGGUAGCUCAACUGAUAGAGUGAUGCAAUUGCGAUGGGUACGAGUCUGAAGAGAAAGUAAGCUUCAGCAAUUGCGAUUUUCACCUUACAUUUGCUUUUUAUGACACUUUUUUUAGAUUUUGAGUAGAGAGGUUGGCUUUGUUGGUUUAAGCUCAAUAGAGAUUUAAACUUAAAAACCCUCUACAUUUUCCUCUUACAUUUAGCUUUUUCUGACACUAUCAGGUUUAGGAUAGGGAGGUAGUUAGGUGUUUCGUCUCUUUGGGAGAAUAUUUUACUUGCUUUUUGCACCCAACACAUUUCACCUCGCAACUGCCGGUAUACGUGUAUCCGCACGAACUGUGUAAUAUAAUUUUGCAAAAAUGUAACCACAGUCACAUCAAGUGUUUAUUUUGGUGAAAAUUUUAUUUAGAUUUUCUGAUUAUUUGAUUGUUGUUUUUUCACCAAGAUUGCCUUUGCUACGAAAAGAUCAGAAUAAUUUUUGCACUGAAGGUAAUGGAAAAAGGAUAAAGAAGGACUUGAGAGAGAGAGAGAGAGUGUGUGUGUGCGUGCAAUUUGAGCUUGUUGUGCAUCAGUGCAGUACAUUUACACACUUUUCCAUGCCCACUCCAUACACUUAACUAUAUUAACCUGAUACAUUAAUACAGCUUAUAUCCUUAGCAGUGAUUCUAAUACUGGUGAGCCUUCUCCGUACGCUACAGUUCUUACACUCUAUGCCUUGCAUUUUUAACCUUCUUAUUACUCAUUUAAGUUCAUUGUUUGUAUUUAUGUGAGUAUGUCAGGGACAUGAAUUCAAAUUAAUAUGAAACAUAGUAACAUCUAUCUCUCUUGCCAUUCACAUCAACACAAACUCUCACUUUCUAGUGCCAGAAUGUUUCUCUGCCUUUUUUAUCACUUUAAAGGGAAUACGCACCUUCACAGAUUCUAGAUGUAUUACCACUUGAGCCAAAACCAUACCGUUUGACUGCCUGACUUUUCUUUGUUCCAGAUUGCCACUUGUGCACUUUAUGUAUGUCUGUGUGUGUGUUGCAGAACAAGAGUGUAAGCAUGACCAGCCUGGAGGUUAAAUAUAGCCAUUUAGAAAGGCUAAAAGUGGUAGAGAGGGAGAAUUUGGGGGAGGGGAAGAAAGGGUAGCCAGAGCAGUGAUGGGCUGCCAAUUUAUUUUCUGAAAUAUUUUUGCAUUCCAUCUCAUUGAUGUUGGGUUCCCUAACAACAGAUUCAUUCAUCCCAUACGAAGAUUUUAAAUGGUUUUACUACAUGUUAACCAUGACUUUUGUAGUAAAAACAUAGUAAUAAAACUGGAAAACCAAAAUUAUGGUAAUAAUGAUUCUGCAAAAAUACAUGGUUACUAAAGUAAAACCAUAGUAAAUGUGUGGUACAAGUAUGGUUUUAAACAGGGUUCCCACUCUUUUAUGAACACCAGAUUCAAGGACUUCUUUAAACACUUUUCAUUUCAUAUCAAGCACCUGUCAUAUUCAUGUUUCAGUAUACAUGGCAUAAUGAAGGCCUCUUAGAUACCAUAUCUAACAUGAUGUAUAAUGUGAAUAUAACUUUUUCUUUAAGGUUAAUAUAAAUAUUAUUGGUUACAAUUUAUCAAUACUCUCAGGCCAUCAGUAUUGUGUUUAUCACUUUUCAAAUGAUCAAUCUUGGACCGAAUGGAAGGGACUUUUUUAUUGGACAAUUUAGCCAAGCCCAGUACUUCGUACAAACCCUGUGUUAUUUGAACAAAUGAACUGCACAAUCAUUAGGAAAUACAUCUAUUACUACUGUCCCUGUCGAUGAGACAGCAGCAGGAGUUGACACACUUUCCAGAGUGUGAUUACUGAUCUUUUGACAUGUAUUCAUGCUGGAAAGUGUCCACUAGGGCUGCAAAUUACGAUUAUUUUAAUAUUCGACAAAUCUAUUGUUUUUAGAAUGUUUCAUUGGAUAUUUGAGAGUAUUAAACGUGCUUACUAAAAAUAAAGAUAUGGGGAUGAAAGCAUCUUUUAAAAAUACCUUUAAAUGAACUACACUGAUUUACAGGUCAAAAUUCUUCAUAACUUAUGAAGUUAAAUUCAGAAAGAAAUACACUGCAUUCUUAAUGAGUAUUUUGUCUUAUUUUCCAGUGAAAUAUGUCAAUUAAUUCAAAUAAGAACAUAACAUUACAAAAGCAGUUUAUACUUGUUUUAGGAGAAUGUAUCUUAAAUAUAAGUGUAUUUUAUUUUGCUGUACUGGCAGAUUUUUUUUUUUUUUUUUUGCUAUACUGAAAUAUUAUUUAUUAUAGUGAAAAAAUUUGAACAUUUUGUGCAGUGUCACUCCUCAAGUAAAUGUACAUUGUUUUACAUGAUUUUUGGAUAUUUGUACAAAAUUAUUUUGACAUGUUUUGGACCCUGAAUAUGUGGUGAAAAUAUGUUUACUGUAAUAAAACCAUAGGUUAUUUUGUGGUUACUAUGGUUUUACAACAAAUAUCAAAGUUGAACUAUGGUUACAGUAGUACAAUCAAAGUACAUUUUCAAAAGGGUUGGAUAAAGCUACUGCAAGGGAACACAAAAAUUAUUGUGAGAGAAUGCAAACUAUCAUGAGUGAACACAAAACCAGGAAUUUUGUGAUCAAAAAGCAGAAGUUUUUGUGACUCAUGCAAAUUGUUAUAGAACGGAAACUAGGGAACACAAACUAUAGUGAGGUAAUGAACAGUUUUGAGGGGAAAUAACGUAUUGUAAAUUAUUGCAAGGGAACGCAAACUCUUGUAAGGAAACAAAUUAUUAUGUGGAAAAGUUAAUUUUAACUUUUCCGUAAGAGAACACAAAACUAUUUCAGAAAAUAAAUUCCCUCCUUGUCCUCUAAGGGGAUCUAUAAUGAUCAGACGCCGCAAAAUGUUUCAUUUGUCUUUUGAGAGUAUCGUGUAUAGAAAGUCAAUGAUGCAGUAUUUCUACAACAGUGGUAGAACACCAUGGUUAAUUAUGGGACACAAAGUUCCCAGUUUGAUUUCACAGGGUUUUUAAAACAUUCUAAUUGUUUAUUGACACAUGUUGUACAUUUAUAUAAUUCUUUUCACUUUCCCUUGAAACAGUCACAUUUUGUUUUUAAUGUUUGUAAAGCAGAAUAGUGGUCAUAUGUCUAAAAUCCAUUGGCCGAACAUUUUCAUUUUGGUGCUGUAAAAUAACAUGCAUGAUAAAUGUAAAUGUGACCUUUUCUCAUGUUAUGGAAAGAAACUAAAGGAAAUGUGAUUGAGAUCCUCUGGUCAUUUGUAGUAUUCUGAAAAGAAUUCCUUAGUUGUAUUAUUACGACUAUUUUUUUAUUGAUACUAUUGCCUGUAUAUAAUGUAACAUUUGGCCAAACAUCAGACAGGACUUCUGGGUAUUCUAAUUGUUACUGUCCCAAAGGACCCAUCAAGCUCUCCCUCCUUUCCUUUGGCCAAUUUGACUGAGUCCAUCCAAAGGCUCCAUAAUAUGGACUUGCCCAGUAUUUCUUCCUUUCACUUUAUAUGCUUAUCCUGUCUUUCCCUCUCUCUGGCUUUAUUUCUUAUUCUUGGUAUUGUAAUGUACCUUUCUUCACCAGUUGUACACCGCUCCAAUUGUGUAUAAAGAAUCUUUAAGGAAAUGAA